AGCAUUUGAUCCUAAAGAAGCAGUGAAGAUUCUUGAGAUGCUUGACAAAAAGGAUAUUACAGCAACGAAAAGGAUCUUGGAAAGAUUAAGGCAAACAGACCCUGAUUCAGCCGUGGAAGAUGCAACUUUUGUGAAACUUAUUUUAGAAGCUGGUCUGUCUCAUCAUCUGGAAUCUCAGACUUAUACACUGCUGAUGCAACAGUUGGCGGAAUUCAAAUUGUCUCAGGAAUUUUAUGAACUUCUACGAGUUAUGAAGGAGUACGAGGUACCACUCACUUUUCAUCAGUACAGGCCGAUGUUACGGAUUAUGGCUUUUGAUGGAAAAGCAGAGGCAGCACAAUUUUGCUUCGAUAAGCUCAAGGAAGAAACUGAGCCAAGCGGUCUUGAUUACUGUCGGUUGAUUGAGGCUUAUGGCAGAUGUCCCGAUAAAGGCAUACGCGGAGGAUUAACAGACGAGAAAGCAAUAAAGAAGAUCAAGGAUUUGUACGGGGAACUCUCUUUCAAAGCGGUGAAAUUGACGAAGUUUGCCAAGGGUGUUGUUUACACCGCUUUCCUGAGAUCGGGUGAUGUAGAGCAAGCAGAGGAAAUCAAAUCUAUUCAUGGUGAGGGGUACCCCGUGUUCCUUGUUACAAAUGAAUUUAUGAAAGCAUAUGCAGAACGCGGAGAUGUGAAAAAAACGCUGGAGUACUUUGAAAGGGUAAAGGAAAUAUCCACAAAAAAAGAUCUGCCUCCAUUUGUCUACAAUCAACUCGUGUAUUGCUACAGACUUCAUGGUGAUACAGAUUCUCAGAUGAAGGUGCUGGCAGAAAUGGAGGAAAAGGGAGUGCGAAAACUUCCGAAAACCUUCUCCUCGGUUAUGUUCUCUUUCUGCCAGAAGGGUGAUGUCAAGUCUGCAUUAGAAAUAUUUGGACAGGCCAAGGAAGAGGGUCCUUUUGUUUCACAGGGCAGUGCACUGAGGCUGUUAAACACCAUGGCCAAAACGGGUCAAACAGAAAAAUUUGAUAGUGUUUUGGAAGACUGUCUUCACCAUUCUGUGAAAGCAGUUGAAAUUCCCACCGAAGCCCGAGAAAUGAUCAGAGGCCUAGUAUUUGCUUGCGUGCAUGCUGGAAAGACGGAUCUUGCCUUGAAACUCAUGCUGGAAAAUGAUGUGUUCCUGAAUGCAAACACACUUUUGAAACCUGCGAGAUCCGCCGGCUGGAAAGGAGAGGUGCAAGCUCUGUUGAACGCCAUAGAAUUUUUGAAGGAAAACAACGUCAGCCCCAAAGAGAUGUAUUUUCAUCUGAUAAGGGCUCAUGACUUCCACCGUGACUCGGACGCUAUCAAGGCAGUGUACAAUGAGGUGGUUGAAGAAGGAAUGGAGAUGAAUGCACAUUUCCAUGAGAUGUAUAAUCAUAUUAUGAUCAAAUAUUCUGAGAGAUUACCUUCCAGUGAAUAUAAUCAAACAGCGUCAGCCACCCAGACUGAAAUUGAUGUG